CUACCCUAUUGGCUAUGCUAGUUUUAUUUUUUUUAUUUUUUUUUUAUUAAAAUUACCUCAGCUGUAAGAAUACUGCUGAAUUGUCGAAUAACAUAUUGACUGUGUAAGAUGAAAUUCUCAUAUGGCAUCGUUACAAGUAAUUCUAUGUGGAUAGAUUAUUUUAUACAAAGAAUAUGACGUAAUCUCGUUUGUUUUGACGAGAUUUGACAUAAGUGCAUCAUCAUAAGUAACUGACUGCGUAGAAAGAUAAUAUUAAAAAUGCCAGUUUUUGAUUUCUUUCGAAAUUUUUUCACUGGAAGAGAUAGAGGAGAUUUUGGCGAUGAAUGGAAGAACAGUUUUCGUAAUCCUAUUUGGCAAAAUGAUGAAGAUGACAACGAUGAUGAUGACUUCAGGCAUGUUGGAGAUAAUAUUAUCAACGAUCCAAUGCAAAUGGUACAUUUUUUUGAAUCUCAACUCGAUAACAUGAUAGGCAGUAUUUUCUCUAAUUUUGGUGAUAAUAAAAUAUUUAUUACACCAGGUAGCAUAGAAGAAUCACUGCAAGAAGGACAAAGUACUAAUAGUUUACGUGAUCAAGUUUUAAAACCCGGUUAUGAUUUGCCCAGUGAAAAAGAACAAGAAAAAUCCAGAGUGGAUAUCGAUUUAGAUGGAAAAAUUAUUUCGGCUGGUAAUUUAUUCAAAUCUUGGGACAAGCCUGAGAAUAGAGAAAUUGUACCUUCUAUCCAACAAUUUUCUGAAAGUUCGAAAUUUGUUAGUAAAAGAUCUAUACGUAUAAUGGGUGAUGUUAUUGAGGAACAUCAGAUAAUAAAAGAUGGCACAGGUAACCAAAAGGAGAUACUUUCUAAACAGAUUGGAGAUAAGAAAUAUGUUAUUGAAACUAAGAAAGAUAAAAAUGGUGUAGAAACUGCAAAUGAAAAGAUAAUUAACAUAGAUGAAAGUGAACUGAAAAACUUUCAACCAAAUCAAAAUAAUAGUUAUGAUAAUCCUAGUAAAAUUUUAAAUUAUUUCCCUUGGGAUAAAUUUUUUGGUCCAAAUCCAAAAUUUUGAUAUAAUAUAAUAAAUAAUAGUAUCUCUUUAGUAGCACGCGUAGGAUGAUGGCUGUUCUAAAAAACAAAAGGGAUACCCUUUUUAUAUUAUAUUAUUAUUUAUAACAUGUGUCACUACAUCUAUUAAAAACUUAUAAUGUGGUUGUAGUGUUGAUAAUACGUCAUUAAAAUAAAUUAUAAAACAAAUCGAUUUAAAAUAUUA